AGGUUGCUCUCCUACACAGCAUCGUGUAGUUAUUUCGACUUUUCAAAAGCGACUUGCACAUUCGAAGGGAGCGUCAGUUCACAAAUGUCUGGCCCCGAAACGGACCACUUCAACACUCUUCGUUCCAGCCGUUCAAAAAGUCGGACAAACAGCAAUUUUGCGCAAGUUUUCAUUUGGUUUUAACAUUUGCUGCAGCCGAGUUACAACACAGGAGACAUAUAGGGGUUGUAAUGGUACGCUUACCAUCGCUCAUUCCGUUUCUCAUCUUCAUAAUGUGUCUGUAUUUGGUGAGUCAGUUAAGUCAAUGCUCAACAGUUUUAAAUCACGAGCGCCGAAGCAACAGCAGUGGCCGAAGCAUUUUUCGUCGCAAUGUCCACCAGUCCGUCACUAAAGUGUUGAGUCAAAUGUGGCAGUUUUCACCGAGAGCUCACUUUACGAAAAAGCAGCUGGAAACCGACGACAAAUUCAUCAAUUUGACAGCUUUGCCGAGCAAUGACGAAAGAGCUAUGAACGCGGUGCAAAUAAUCAUUAACCGCGGCUAUCCAGUAGCUUCGUAUUCAGUCACGACGUCAGACGGAUACAUUUUGGAAUUGCACCGAAUCCCUGGGCGUAAAGGUCAGACCUCCGAUUUGGGCACUGGCAAACCUGUCUGGCUACAACACGGACUCCUCUGCUCCUCAGCUGACUGGCUAAUUACUCCCUCCGAUCAAUCUUUAGCAUUCAUCCUAGCAGAUCUUGGUUACGAUGUAUGGCUCGGCAAUGCUCGCGGCAACGUUUACUCACGCAAGCAUAAGACCCUGACUCACACCCAAAAGUCUUACUGGGAUUUCUCAUGGGACGAAAUGGGCAAAUUUGACAUUCCGGCUGUGCUGAACUUCAUCCUCUUCAAAACGGAACGCAAAAAAUUAAUUUACAUCGGGCAUUCUAUGGGAUGCAGCAUGUUUUUCGUAGCAAUGGCCACAUACCCGGAACUUCAAUCGAAAAUCGAAACGAUGGUUGCCUUAGCUCCAGCGACGUCGCUAGCCCACAUGACCAGCCCUCUUUUUCGUCUAGCUCCCUUCAUCAAGCCCUUAGAGUUUUUGUUCAGGCUUUUAAAGACUCGAGCUUUCCUUUCGCAAGAGUCGUAUCUGAACUAUUUCCAAAGGAAGUUUUGCUUGAAAAAUAUAGGAUGGGCUGGACUGUGCCGAAAUGUUCUCUUUUUGCUGCUUGGAGACGACACGACAAACAUAGAUGUGGAAAUUCUGAGAGUUUUAGAUGGGAACACCCCAGCAGGGACUUCAGUUCGCACUGUCGCCCAGUUCGCCAUGAAUUUUAACUCCGGUCCCACAUUCAUUCCGUAUGAUUUCGGACCUGUUGGCAACUAUCUUCGCUACAAGCAAUUCAGACCACCUCCUUACGACUUGGGUAAAGUUAAAGUACCGGUCUACUUAUUUUAUGGGGAAAACGAUCGUCUCGUAACGCCCAAGGACAUCGAAUGGCUAGCGUCCAAAUUGCCCAAUGUCAAAGAACUCGUCAAAGUCGAUGACAAACAUUACAAUCAUGCCAGCUUUUUGAUCAGUAAGAACAAUAAUGUCCUUCUUAACAAUCAACUGAUAUCAUUCCUACCAUCCCCAAAUUGACGAUGGAUAUUUAGUACAAAUGAAAUUAUAAAAUGUUUCCCGAUUUUACAUCUCUUGAAUGCUCACCGUCAAUCCUGCCAUUCAAAAAACCAAUUCUAUUUAUGUCUUUGCUUGAUCAUAAUAAUAAAGUAUACAAUAAUGAAUCGCGAAAUUGUAGUGUAAAAUCGCGGGGACGCGGGUCCUCUUGUAAUGUCAGUGAUGCGGACUUCAACAAACAAAUUAUAUAUUUGAAGUCCUACUUGAUUUCAAAACGCGAACUAGAUGGCGUAAACUGUAUAUCAGAUUUGGGCGACGCGU